AAUAUAUAUAUAUGUUUGUGUGUAGUCUUAUGAGUUGGUGUUGUAUGACAAUGAUUGAUUGAUCAUUUGUCUUUAUUCUUUUAUUCAUGCUAUGAAUUUAAAACUAUUACUUUUCUGCUUUUAUCGAGCUCUGUUCUACAGUUAUUUUUUUUAUUGUUUAUUAUUGCAUGAGACAUUAUUGGAGUUGAAUAGUAUUUUCUGUUUUCUUUAUUCUUAAGGUCGCUUCAUUUUUUUUUUUUUUUCAGAUAUGGGUUCACUUAAAUUUUAUUUUUAUUUUUUGGAGUGAUUUUCGUAAAACAGAAAAAUUCAGCUAAAAUGUGUUUCGGUUUGAAAAUAUAAUGUUGAUGAUUCUCCAUCAAAGCAAAUAAUAGUUUUUUAAGAUCUGAAAUUAAAGAUAAUUGAUUUGAAUAGAAUGUAUUUAAGCUGAGAAUCUGAAAGGUGUGAUUGAAAAUAUAUAUUUGAAAACUGAAAAAUGAUACUGCUUUGUUGAGUUGGUUUUUAAGCUAUAUUUUCUCUCCUUGGUUGACUGGAAUUGGAAAAUCAAUUCAUUUGAAUAUGGAAAAUCCUUUUAUUCAAUAAAAUAUUAGGGGUAAGGAAGGGCAAAGAUGAAAUGAUAUUUAAGAUAUUGUGGCCAAAUUAGAAUUUUAGAAACUUGUUUUUAACCCUCGGAAGUUAUAAAAAUCACAAAAACACCCACUCCUCCCGUUUAUUCUAUCUUUCCCUUUUUCUCGCUCACGGCCAACGCCAUUCUCCACUCGCCGGCCGCCGUGAGCAACCAAUAGGCGGCCCAAAUACUGAAACUCAGGCUCUCGAAUCUCCCUAAUUCAGUCAUCGCCGUGGGAGCUUGUACUGAAAAUCGUUGCUUUCCCUCUCUAGUCGCUGUUCAUGAAUGGAGCUACUCCAGUGCGGGUGAGAGCAAUGAAUAGAUUUUGAAUUGGAGAAAGGAAUUAUGGAGGAGGAAGUCGAAAAGAUAAUAACGGCAGUUGCAGGGUCAUGGAAUCUUAAGAAUCACGUACUGCUCAAAUUCCAAGCUGAUUGAUAGUUACUGACCCCUAUAAAUGGCUUACAAUCACAUGAAUGAAGCCUUGACUGUGACAAGAGGUUUAGGAAUUCCUGAUCAAGAGGUCAUACCUGUUUAUAAAAAUCUGUUGAAAGUGUAUGGGGAUAAUUUGGAAUUUAUUGCAGAGGAGAACUACCGUGCUCUAGUGGAUGCAUAUUUUGAGCAGAAGGAUGACAGUAAGGAAGGAGAGGUUAAGGGUAUGAAAUCUGGUAAAGAACCUGAAAGGUUUCUUUCAGUUGGAAAAGAAGAGCGUGUUUUUCCUAAAUUGGAUCACACAAGCAAAAAGCCAAUAUCAAAAGAGAGUAAAACACCUUUAACAUCUUCUAGACCACAACUAAGUAAACCUUCUAAACCAAGUGAAUCCAAAUAUCGACUAGUCCAUCCACCACCAAGAAGCAAUGUAGAAAACUCGAAUUUUAUUGAACAAGUUAAAAAUAAAAUUUCUUUGAAUAAACCACCUACAGCAAAACCAUUUGACAGGCCAUUGGGUGAACCGAGUUCCUUGCAUGUUUCUAGAGAAAAGAAGUUGUUGCCAAAGUCAAGCAAUGAGAAACACUACUCGCCACUUUCUCCUAGGCCUAUUUCGACAAUUCACCCAGAACUACAGAAUCCACCCGUUACAGUUGGUGUGAAAAUGGAUAAUCCACCUCUUAAAGUUGGUGUGAAAAUGGAUAAUCCACCUCUUAAAAAAGCGAAUAGGUGUGAAAAUGGAGAUACACACCCUUUUUUUAAGGUACAAAAGAAACCUUAUAACUUUCUUGAGGACAUUUCAAAAGGGACAGAAAAAGUGGGAAUUUCACUCUUGGAUGAAAUUGGCAAUGAGCGUAUUCCAAAAUUUAAUUACAUUCCUCAAAGCAUUAUCUAUCAAAAUGCCAAUAUAAAUAUUUCACUGGCUCGAAUUGUGGACGAGGAUUGCUGUUCAAGUUGUUCUGGAGAUUGCCUUUCUUCAUCAUUACCGUGUGCCUGUGCUUGUGAAACUGGUGGAGAGUUUGCAUACACACCACAAGGACUUUUAAAAGAAAAGUUUUUAAAAGCUUGUAUUGAUAUGAAAGAGCAGCCAGAGGACCACCACUUUGUUUAUUGCACAGAUUGCCCUAUUGAGAGGUCUAGGAAUGAUGACAAAUUUGAGAAAUGUAAGGGACACCUGGUAAGAAAGUUUAUUAAAGAAUGCUGGAGAAAAUGUGGCUGUGACAUGAAAUGUGGAAACAGAGUAGUCCAACGAGGUAUUUCAAGAAGAUUACAGGUUUUCUUUACCAGUGAAGGAAAAGGAUGGGGUGUUCGACCACUUGAUCCAUUGCCUGAGGGAGCAUUCGUUUGUGAAUACAUUGGAGAAGUGUUAACCAAUAUGGAGUUGUACAAUAGGAAUAAAAAAAGCAGCAAAGAUAGGCAUACAUAUCCUGUAACACUGGAUGCAGAUUGGGGCUCCGAGGGGUUUCUAAAAGAUGAGGAGGCACUUUGUUUGGAUGGAACAUAUCAUGGAAACGUUUCCAGAUUUAUCAAUCAUAGGUGCUCUGAUCCAAACUUGGUUGAUAUUCCUGUGGAAGUGGAGACACCUGACCGCCAUUUUUACCAUCUUGCAUUCUUCACCACUAGGAAAGUUGCUGCUUUAGAAGAGCUUACUUGGGAUUAUGGGAUUGACUUCAAUGAUAAGUAUCAUCCAAUUAAGGCAUUUCGUUGCUCUUGUGGAAGUCCAAAUUGCAGGGACAAAACACGAAAGAGGAAACAAAUCUAAUGUCUACAACAUUUCUAAAGAGAGUAGGGAUAGGAAGCCGCUUACCUCAAUUGGUUUUAAGAUUUCAUACAACAAACUUUUUGUCGUAUGAGAUCAACCAUGAUUUUUUUCUUAAAAAAAGAAAAUCAUGUGCAGAUUUUGACAAUUCACAAUUCUAUGCUUUUUGAGGGCAUCUCUAACCCUAUAUCACUUUUACACCUUUUGUUUUGGGUUUUGAGAGAACAUUUUUCUUUUGAAAUGGCAUUCUUUUCCAUGUACAUAAAACAUUCACUUCCUUUCUUCUAGUGACAACGUUUGGGCAUCCACUUUUUCAAAUAAGAUGGGUUGAAUUUGAAACUAUA